UUCUGCGCAUAUCUUUAGGAACUGCCGACUACGCAACUUGAAUUGUGGUUGGUUGCCCUGUGUCUGUAAAAUGCGAAAAAUCGGGAAAAAUGGACGCGGAGAGUGAGUGCAUCACUUUUAUCUGAACCCUCGUCUUGACAGCCAAAAUGGGCAAUCAAUUAGUGGGCAUCGCGCCCAGCCAAAUAUUUCCGGUAGAGCACUAUUUGACGGACCACAGCGAUUUAUUAUUCGACGUGAAUUUAGGAAGCACAAGAUUCUUUAAAGUAGCUCGGGCCCGCAGUUUAGAGGGCCUGAUAGUAGUAAAAGUGUUUGCGAUUCAUGAUCCAACAUUGCCAUUAUCUACAUAUAAGGACAAGCUGGAGGAGAUUAGGUCAAAGUUAGCCUCAGCUGUCAACUGCCUACCGUUUCAACGAAUGAUUCUCACAGAAAAAGCAGGCUCAAUAAUGCGAGAAUAUGUCAAAUAUUCUCUUUAUGACAGGAUUAGCACUAGGCCAUUUUUAACAAGCAUUGAGAAAAAAUGGAUCACUUUUCAAGUGUUAUAUGCUCUUAAUCAAGCCCACAAGUUUGGUGUUUGUCAUGGUGAUAUAAAAUUAGAGAAUAUUAUGAUAACCAGUUGGAACUGGGUGUUGCUUACGGAUUUUGCUAGUUUUAAACCAACGUAUUUGCCAGAGGAUAAUCCUGCGGAUUUUUCAUAUUUUUUUGAUACUUCCAGAAGGAGAACAUGUUAUAUAGCGCCUGAACGAUUUGUGAAAACACUAUCCUCAGAACUGAGCAACACAUUGCUGUUACCAGAACAAGAAGUGAAGACCGGUGACCUGCAUCCCAUGAUGGAUAUUUUUUCUGCAGGCUGUGCUUUAACAGAAUUGUAUAACGAAGGACACCCACCAUUUGAUUUUUCACAACUCUUGGCGUACAGAAACAACGAAUAUUCUGUGAGCAAGCACUUAGAUAGUAUAGACGAUUCAGGAAUACGCGAGCUACUUAGUUCAAUGUUGGAGAGAAAUCCAGCAAAUAGAAAGAGCGCAGAGAUUUAUCUAGCUCAAACUCGCGGCACCAUCUUCCCGGAAUAUUUUUAUUCUUUUCUGCAAUCUUAUAUGCUCAUUUUCUCUGCCGCUCCAAUCUUAUCGCCAGACGAGAAAAUAACACGAUUAAAAAAGGACAUUGGCAAUAUUAUAAGUAUACUUAAGACGGAAGAAAAUGAACGAAUGAAAACAAGCGAGACCAAACCUAUGGAAACCACAAAAUCCGGUCAAAGCGAGAGUAACGUGGAAUCAAUUAAAGAUGAUUCCGGCCAUAGCGAGGACAAUACGAUGAUAGAAGUCGAUAGCGAUCAGAGUUCCGAUAAGACCGAUUUAAAUCAAAUUGAUAUGAAGAGUACGACGCAAGACAUUGGCAGUGAUAUUCAAGUAGAUACAGAGCCGGAGAUUAAAUCGUCCGAAGAUGACAAACAAACAUUCGAUGCAGAAUCCAAAAAAUCAACUUCUACCUCGAAUGAAAUUCUAGAAGGGCUCGUUAUUAUAACUCAACUUGUUACAUCUUGCAUAAGAGGAUUGCAUCACUCGCAAUCUAAAUUGCAUAGUUUAGAGAUACUAUUGGAGCUGGCUGAAAAUGUUUCUGACGAGACAAUUCUUGAUAGAAUAUUACCUUAUAUCUUCCACUUGGUUCACGAUCCAGCGCCGCGAGUAAGAGUAUCGGCGAUACACACUUUAACGAAGUGUUUACAUCUUGUGAAAUUGAUACCAUCUUCGGAUGUAAAUAUAUUCCCUGAGUACAUUCUACCAGGUUUAGCGCACAUAACUCAAGACGAGGCAGUUAUUGUUAGGGCAGCUUACGCGGAGAAUAUUGCGCAUUUGGCGCAUAUUGCUCUGCGUUAUUUGGAAAACUCUCAUCUGUCUAAUUUGAGCAACAAAGAGGGACCAAAGCCUAGUUAUGACAGCGAAUUGCAAACCUUGCACGAAAUGGUCCAACAAUCAGUGUCUACGCUAUUAACAGAUCCCCAAAAUUUAGUGAAACAAACGUUAAUGGAGAAUGGAAUAAACAAAUUGUGCGUGUUCUUCGGAAAACAAAAAGCCAACGAUAUUUUACUUAGUCAUGUUAUUACAUUUUUAAACGACAAGGAAGAUAAAGAACUCAGAGGCUCUUUUUUUGAAUGCAUAGUCGGCGUGGCUGCAUAUGUCGGUUGGCAUAGUAGUCCUAUACUAAUGCCGCUUCUGCAACAAGGUUUAUCCGAUCCUGAAGAAUUUGUAACCACAAAAGCUAUAAAUGCCAUGGCAACACUUACAGAAUUGGGUCUGCUACAUAAAUCUGCUCUUUAUCAGCUAUUAUCAGAAACUAUGGUCUUCCUGGUUCACCCAAAUCUUUGGAUACGUCAUGCAACUGUUGGCUUUAUAUCUGCGGCAGCAAGAACUCUGAAUGUAGUAGAUGUCCAAUGUAAAGUUCAAACAAUGCUCCAACCAUAUUUGAAGCAUGCAUUGAUCCAAAUAGAAAAGGAGAUUUUAUUGCUUGAGGCACUUGUUCCUCCCAUAUCUAGAAUAGUAUACGAUUCUGUGGUGAAGUAUAAUGAUGUAGAGGAAUUAUUCCAAGUACUUGAACAAAGACAAGCAGCUAGAAUGAAAGCCAUAACUGGUGUGGUACCACCACAAUACAACGACAUGAGCAACUCCUUAAGAAAUCUUUUUAGGCGACUGAGUUCAGAAUCUAUGACUGAGGCAGUUGAGGAACAGUUGCUAAUCAUGAAACCUCACUUAAUGAAGAUCAACAAGUAUCGCAAUUCCGCAGAUACGAAACAAAAUGCUAUCAAAUCCGUAGACGGCAAACUUGAGCUGAGCCCAGUAAAGGAUAGGAUAAGACACCAUGUCGUUGUAUUAUAUCCUGAUACUAAAGGAGACUUGACUUUGCCGCCCUUUAAAAGAUUGGAUCGGAGAAUAUCGGAAACUGUUGGCACGUACGCAACAAUGAAUCAAGAAUGGCGCACAAUGUUUGCAGCUCAAGAUAACGCCCAGCACGCUAUCGUUAAAAUGUCGGACAUGACUGGAAGCAGUGGCAGCCCCAGCCAGAGCAUACACAGUGGAGACAUCCAUUUAUCUCCACAUCAUUGCCUAUCAGAUAUGGCCAGCAUUAAUUCCCUCAUGAAUGAUCAUUCCCUUCACGAGCGAUCUUACAUUCAAUAUAGAUGUGCGCCUUGCCGAUUAGAAGUACGACAAUUAACGUACCGAAAGCAAGAGCAACAUACAGCUGUGUUAAGAGCGAAGCGUUGGGCUAACAAUGUCGCUUGCGAAGCUGGCUCCACAUUACUGCCAAAGGAUUGGCGGCCCCGAGGAAUUCCAGUUGCGCAUCUUCAUGAACACAGAGCUGCAGUAAAUAGAUUGGUUUCGGUACCGGAUACUAGUCUAUUUGCGAGUAGUUCCUCCGAUGGAUGCAUAAAAAUCUGGGAUGCCAGUAAAAUGGAGGGACGAAAUAUCGCUAAUCGUUCUAGACAAACAUAUAUGCAUAGAGGAGGUCCGCUGGUUGGCUUAACUGUAUGUGAUCAAGGGCAAUCUUUAGCGAGUUCGGCGAGCACAUCCGGAACGGUAUUCGUACUUCGGAUUGAGCCUAACUCUAGUAAAAUGAGUCUAAUCGGCACUCGCCAAUUAGAUCUCCAGGAAGAAGGAUGUGCUGUCGAUCUUCAGUAUCUAGAUUCCGGUUCUCAAUCCGUUCUUGUGUACGCUUCGUUGUACGGAUCGCUAGUAGGUUGGGAUCUACGAUGUCCUGGGACAACGUGGCGCUUGGAAAACGAUUUGAAACAUGGAGUCAUCACGUCGUUUUGCGUAAACAGUCAUCAGCAAUGGUUGACUCUCGGCACGAGCUCAGGUAUCCAUACCUGUUGGGACUUGAGGUUCCAAUUACCAAUAACAAGCAUCAAGCACCCGACAGGUGCCAGAGUGCGUAAGGUAAUUACACAUCCAACGGAACAUUCAUGGAUAAUCUCGGCGGUGCAAGGCAACAAUGAAAUCUCCAUGUGGAAUUUGGAGACCGAUCAUCGACAAAUGGUUUUAUGGGCAUCAAAUGCCCCGCCACUGAGCCGUACUCAAACUGGUCACACUGUGUGCGCCAUGUAUGCUGGAUGCAUUGAUUGCUCAGGAUUUCUUUUGGCUGGCGGCUCCGAUAUGCGAUUACGUUUUUGGGAUUUCAAUAGACCCAAUGCAUCCUACGUUGCUUUGCCUGCUGCUAAUGAUGUUCUCACACCAAAUUCAUUGGCAUACGAUUUACGUUUGAUAGAUGGAACGAACGUCGUGCAGGAAGUAUUAGUGGACGACGAUUCCAAUCCGUUGUCCGGAAAUGACACAAGAGGAAGAAAUAUAGAAGAGAGCGGUCCUGAGACUCCACCCUCUGGCCAGCACGACACGAUCUCCGCCGUGGCUAUGUCGAAUACGUGCAUUCUCACCGGCAGUACAGACGGUCUGAUACAAGUCUGGAAAUGAUUGUACUUCUUGCUCCCAAAUUCAAUUUCAAGAUUUCUCGCACGAAUGACAAAGGGUUUUAGUGCAAUGCAGACUUUCUCUCCAGUAAUAACAAAACUAUUGUGAUCCAAGUAAGGAAUAAGUUACUCUAGAAUCGUUCAGGUAAAUUAUCCAGCAAUGCCGAGCAAUGAUCGUAGUAUAAUUUAUUUAAGAGUCGCGCAGAGGAAUUGUGAUGACAGUAUAAUUAUGAUACCAUCUUGUUGGCAAAAAUUAUAUUUUUUUAAACAAUUCUAUAAUUAUUAUUGAUGACAGGUUUCAUUAGAAGUUAUGAUGAUAUCAUACUUAUCUCACUAUGCAAAAGAAACAUGAACUCAACAAAUCAAAUCUAUUCCCAGAUUGGUUCACAUUUAUAUAAUUAAAAAAAAAUCAGAAAUCUAUUUCUCAAUAUAAUUUUAUAGAUUAACUAUAUAGUACAAUAUAAUACAAUUCUCUCGAUUGUAUUUAAAUCUAUUUUUAUUUAUGUUGUUCAAUUGAUCUAUUUAUUGUUCAAUUUGUUUAGAUAAUGUGUUAAAGAUGACUCUUGUCGUUUUCUUGAACUACAAGCAUCGACGUACGCACAACACCGCCGUGCUGUACGAACACUCUGUGAUCCUGGACUGUACAUAGAGCAUGUAAUAUGUACAUGAUAUUUAAAACUAUUGAUUAUUACACUUACGCUGUAAAAGCGUGCAUUUUUUAAAAAAAACUUGAACGUAAACUUACAUUAUAAUGUAACAUGUAUAAAAUGUACAUAGCUUAUUUUUAUACGUAAGAAAAGAGAAAAAAGAAAAAGAGUAUUAUUGAUGUCUAGGCAGAUGUGACGGACUUAGAAUGUCGAUGUUACACAGAUCGAUUUGAAAUAACUAAUAUCUAAGUUAGCAAAUGUUUGGCAGAUCCGUACGCGCAUUAUAAAUUUGCUAAAAUGAAGUUGUAUCCAUAUGAAGUGACUAUAGCACGGAAUAUUUUUACGAUUAUGGAAUAUGAUAAAGUUUAUAAGUUAUAUUUUUAUAGCUUUUAGCUGUUUUUCAACUUUAUUUUUAUUAUUUUAUUUUAUUAUUAUACCAUUCAUUGACUCGUUCACUUUGAUAAAAAAAUUAUUUAUUGCAAUGCGAUAAGUUUCGUAGUUUUUUCUUUUUUUAUUUUAAAUUUAAUAAAUGCGAAUACGGAUCGAAAAAUGAGGAGUAAUAAGGUUUGCGUAUGAAAGAUGCAAUACGCAGCAUUUAUCUCCUCAAUUCGUAAUACUUUACAGUACGUAGUUAUAUGUAAUCACAAAUAUUUAUGUAUACUAGUUUGCUAGUAUUGUCAAAUACGGACACAUUACGUACACGUAACCAUAUUGACUGAAAUACUCGUAACCGGUGGACAUACACUGUCUAAAACUACAUUGUUACAAUAAAUUUAUAUUUUUAACGCA